ACUACAUCAGACGUAGGGAAACUGGGGGCAGAUAUAUCUGGAAGGUGACGGGCAUCAGGAGGCUCUCUGCCCAAAGGACGUUGAAGAUCAAAGCUGAUGUUUUCUUUCCUUGGUAAAUUUCGCAUGACUUGGCACACAACGCACAUCUGAGAACAGCUCAUGAAAUUCAUCAGAACAAAGGUCCUAGCAUUGAUAAGUGAAACCGCAAACUCAAGCAAAUAGCAGAAGCCAGAGUCCAUUUGAACUGAAGUCAAGUUCAGAGCCGAUCUUCCUGAGAGUCCUUUUAACACUGAUUUGUCAUAGCAGGUAGCUGACAAGAUUUACCCUCAAGGACCAGAAACAUGCACUGUGCCAUCCAAAAGGCAGAAGCGCUGGAUGGGGCUCAUUUGAUGCGAAUCCUCUGGCAGGAUGGUGCAGAGUCUGUCUACCCCGCUGUUUGGCUGAGGGACAACUGUCAGUGUCCCGACUGCUACCUGGAUUCUGCAAAAGCACGGAAACUUCUCAUCGAAGCUCUUGAUGUGAACAUCGGUAUCAAAGACUUGACGUUUGACAGGAAAAAGGUUCAUAUCACGUGGCCAAACGACCACUACAGUGAAUAUGAAGCUGAUUGGCUGAAGAAAAGAUGCUUUUCACAGCAGGCCAGAGAAAAACUCCAGAGAGAAUUGUUUUUGCCAGAAUGUCAGUACUGGGGCUCAGAGUUCCAGCUACCUACUCUGGAUUUUGAAGCUGUUUUAAAAGAUGAUGAGCAUGCAUACAGGUGGCUCUCCAGGCUCAAGAAAGUCGGCAUAGUGCGACUCACAGGAGCAUCUGACAAACGAGGAGAAGUUUUAAAACUUGGGAAAAGGAUUGGUUUCCUUUAUCUCACAUUUUAUGGACACACUUGGCAAGUGCAAGACAAAAUCGAUGCAAACAAUGUGGCUUACACAACUGGGAAGCUAAGCUUUCACACUGAUUAUCCAGCCCUCCAUCAUCCACCUGGGGUUCAGCUUCUGCACUGCAUAAAGCAAACAGUCACUGGGGGUGAUUCAGAAAUUGUAGAUGGAUUUAACGUAUGCCAAAAGCUCAAGGAAAAAAAUCCUUGGGCAUUCCAGAUUCUGUCCUCCACCUUUGUGGACUUUACAGACAUUGGAGUGGAUUACUGCGAUUUCUCUGUACAAUCCAAACACAAAAUUAUAGAAUUAGACGAUAAAGGCCAAGUGGUUCGCAUCAACUUCAAUAAUGCAACUAGAGACACAAUAUUUGACAUACCUGUUGAAAGAGUUCAGCCUUUUUAUGCUGCUCUGAAGGAAUUUGUUGACCUCAUGAAUUGUAAAGAAUUCAAGUUUACUUUCAAGAUGAAUCCAGGUGAUGUGAUUACCUUUGAUAACUGGCGCUUACUUCAUGGCCGACAGAGCUAUGAAGCAGGAACUGAGAUAUCCCGCCAUCUAGAAGGAGCUUAUGCCGACUGGGAUGUGGUCAUGUCAAGGCUUCGUAUCUUAAGGCAGAGUGUCCGGAAUAGAAACUGAAUCUCCUGUCGAUAAGAUUCCAGUGAGUGUAUUUUAUAAGAUAUGGCAAGGUUAUUUGUCUUCACAGGCCAUGAGCCAUGUCAGUAACACAUUAAUUUCUUUAACACAAGAGUUCUCUUUUCUUUGUAGUCAUAUACAGUGCCAACUUUUUAGAUGUUGUAGCCAUGCUCUCCCUUUUUCAAAUAAAGCAUCUCCUCUGUCCAAUUGCAUAUACGAUCUAAUUUCUUUUGCCCAUCUGUGAGAGUCUCCAGAAUGCCUUCAAAUAGUUUUGUAUCAAAGUCUUUCUUCAAGUUAGGCUUCUUUUAAAUAAAGCUUUUGUUUCAAAUAAAGGUUGUGUUUCAAAUAAAA